AUUUUCCCUUGCUUCGCUUUCCAUUUCUAGUUUUUCACCACUGAGCAGAGUGAGAGCAUCCCCCAAACACACCGCCCCCCCCGGUCUCUAGAAUUCAUUUGUGUUUCUUUCUCUCUAUAUCUAUAUCUAUAUCUAUAUCUAUAUUUACAUAUAGUUUCAAGAUUCGAGCUUUGAUAAUCUGAAGAAUAUGAGCAAUUCGAUAGGCCAUAACUUGAUUCACCAGAAUUUGCUUGCUCCAGCGGUGCUAGAGCAUCAAAGUAACAUCAAUUCCUCUUGCAUUUCUGGUUACAAUUUGUUUCAAGUUCAGGCAAAUUCACAGAUUCGAAAGUCGCGUAUAACUUCCAAAUUCUGGGGAAAAAGUCUGAAUUUGCCGAAAACGAAGUUGCCGACGGGAACAAAUCGAGUGCUUUCCCUUUUUCCUCAGUCUGUGUUACCCACCGAUCCAGCUUCUAAGCAACUUACAGGAAAGUUCAACCUUGAUGGAAAUACGGAAUUACAGGUGGUUGUUAGUGCUCCUACUUCAGGUUCUAUAUCAGAAAUAGAUAUGCAGGUCACUAAUACUAAUGGCACCUUAGUUCUUCACUGGGGUGGGAUACAAAAUGGAAAAGAGAAGUGGGUACUUCCUUCUCGUUCUCCUGAGGGAACUUGGAUGUAUAAGAACAGAGCUCUUAGAACUCCUUUUGUGAAAUCUGGCUCCAAUUCCUUCUUGAACAUAGAGAUUGAUGAUCCGACAAUACAAGCUAUAGAGUUUCUUAUAGUUGAGGAAGAACAGAACAAAUGGUUCAAAAAUGACGGUGGCAACUUUCAUGUUCCACUGACAUACAAGUUAAUUCCAAAUAUUUCAGUUCCUGAAGAUCUUGUACAGAUACAAGCGUAUUUGAGGUGGGAGAGGAAGGGUAAACAGGUGUAUAGUGCUGAGGAAGAGAAGAAAGAAUUUGAAGAAGCUAGAAAAGAGUUGCAAAUUGAACUACAGAAAGGUACUUCUCUCGAUGAAAUAAGGAAGAAGAUUACGAAAGGAGAAAAACAAACUAAGGUUUCAAAGCAACUAGAAAGAAAGUACUCUACUGUUCAAAGGAUUCAGCGCAAGAAGAGGGAUUUAAUGCAGCUUCUCAAUAAGUAUGUAGCUGAACGUGGAUAUGUGGAGGAAAAGAUCUCUGUCAAACCAAAAGCCUUAUCCACAAUCCAGCUUUUUGCUAAGGGCAAGGAAGAACAAAGCAGUGAUUCUAUUAUAGACAAGAAAAUAUUCCGGCUUGCUGAUAAGGAACUUCUGGUGUUGGUAAUGAAGCCUGCUGGUAAGACAAAAGUUCUUUUGGCCACAGAUAUCACGGAGUCAGUUACACUUCACUGGGCUUUGUCAAAAAACCCUGGAGAAUGGCUGGCACCACCUGCAAGUUUAUUACCCCCCGGUUCAACUUCCCUGGACAAAUCCAGCGAAACACAAUUGACAAGCAGUUCUAAUGAUCCAGCUUCCAAGGUCCAAUCCUUAGAAAUAGAAAUUGAAGAUGACAGUUUCAUGGGGAUGCCAUUUGUUCUAUUGUCUGAUGGAAACUGGAUAAAGAAUAACGGUUCCGACUUUUAUGUUGAAUUUGGUGGUGGAGCGAAGCAGGUCCAAAAGGAUGCUGGUGAUGGCCAAGGUACUGCAAAGGCUUUGUUAGAUAAAAUAGCCAAUAUGGAAAGUGAGGCACAGAAGUCCUUCAUGCAUCGAUUUAAUAUUGCAGCCAACUUGGUAGAUGAAGCCAAAGAUGCUGGCAAACUGGGUUUUGCCGGAAUUCUUGUGUGGUUGAGGUUUGUGGCUACACGGCAGCUCAUAUGGAAUAAAAACUACAACGUAAAGCCACGUGAAAUAAGUAAAGCUCAGGAUAGGCUUACAGACUUGCUCCAGAAUGUUUAUAAAAGUCAUCCUCAGUAUCAGGAACUUUUGCGAAUGGUUAUGUCAAGUGUUGGUCGUGGAGGUGAAGGGGAUGUGGGGCAGCGAAUCCGAGACGAAAUCCUGGUUAUCCAGAGAAAUAAUGAUUGCAAGGGUGGAAUAAUGGAACAAUGGCAUCAGAAGCUACAUAAUAACACAAGCCCUGAUGAUGUUGUGAUCUGUCAGGCACUAAUUGAUUAUAUCAAUAAUGACUUUGAUGUCAGCAUUUAUUGGAAAACCUUGAAUGAUAAUGGAAUAACAAAAGAACGCCUUCUAAGUUAUGACCGUGCAAUCCGUUCUGAACCAAAUUUCAGAAGGGAUCAGAAAGAUGGCCUUUUGAGAGAUCUAAGGAAUUACAUGAGAACAUUGAAGGCAGUUCAUUCAAGUGCAGAUUUGGAGUCUGCUAUUUCAAAUUGCAUGGGCUACAGUUCUAAGGGACAAGGCUUCAUGGUUGGGGUGGAGAUCAAUCCCAUAUCAGGCUUUCCAUCUGGAUUUCCGGAAUUGCUUCAUUUUGUCCUAGAACAUGUCGAGGAUAAGAAUGUGGAAGCCCUUCUUGAGGGAUUGCUAGAGGCCCGUGAGGAUCUUAGGCCAUUGCUUUCUAAAUCGAAUGAUCGUCUUAAGGAUCUUUUAUUUUUGGACAUUGCCCUUGAUUCUACCGUUAGGACAGCCAUUGAAAGGGGAUAUGAGGAGUUGAAUAGUGCUAAACCAGAGAAAAUUAUGUACUUCAUCUCUCUUGUGCUUGAAAACCUUGCACUUUCUUUGGAUGCUAAUGAGGAUAUCAUCUAUUGCUUAAAGGGAUGGAAUGAAGCUCUAAACAUGUCAAACAAUGGAGAUAGUCACUGGGCAUUAUAUGCAAAAUCAGUCCUUGACAGAACCCGACUUGCACUUACAAGCAAGGCAGAGUGGUACCAUCAUCUAUUGCAACCUUCUGCUGAAUAUCUCGGAUCACUGCUUGGAGUGGAUCAAUGGGCUGUAAAUAUAUUCACAGAAGAAAUCAUUCGUGCUGGGUCAGCUGCUUCACUAUCCUCUCUUGUUAAUCGACUUGAUCCUAUUCUUCGUGAAACUGCUAAUUUGGGAAGUUGGCAAGUUAUCAGCCCGGUUGAAGCUAUUGGAUAUGUAGUUGUUGUAGAUGAGUUGCUUGCUGUCCAGAAUAAAUCUUAUGAACAGCCAACAAUUUUGGUGGCAAAAUCUGUAAGGGGAGAGGAGGAAAUUCCUGAUGGUACAGUUGCUGUGCUGACACCUGACAUGCCAGAUGUCCUAUCUCAUGUUUCUGUGAGAGCAAGAAAUGGCAAGGUCUGCUUUGCUACAUGCUUUGAUCCCAAUAUUUUGGCUGACCUCCAAGCAAAUGAAGGGAAGUUAUUGCAACUAAAACCUACUACUGCAGAUGUACUUUAUAGCAAGGUGGAGGGUGACUUAACAAGUGCAAGUGCAACUAACUUGAAAGAAGAAGGCCCUUUACCAUCUGUAUCAUUCGUCAGAAAGCAGUUUGGUGGUAAAUAUGCCAUAUCAUCCGAGGAGUUCACAAGUGAAAUGGUUGGAGCUAAAUCACGUAAUAUAGCAUAUCUAAAAGGAAAAGUGCCAUCUUGGGUUGGGAUUCCUACCUCAGUUGCCCUACCAUUUGGAGUUUUCGAGGAAGUUCUUUCGAAUGGCUUAAAUCAGGGAGUGACAGAAAAGUUGGAGUUACUGAAGAAAAAGUUAGCAGAAGGAGAUUUCAGUGCCCUUGGGGAGAUCUGUAAGACAGUUUUAGAGCUUGCAGCACCAUCUAUGUUGGUGCAAGAGCUGAAAGACAAGAUGCAAAGUUCUGGCAUGCCUUGGCCUGGUGAUGAAGGCCAGCAGAGAUGGGAGCAAGCAUGGACAGCUAUAAAGAAAGUCUGGGCUUCAAAGUGGAAUGAGAGGGCAUACUUUAGCACAAGAAAAGUGAAAUUAGAUCACGACUAUCUUUGCAUGGCUGUCCUGGUUCAGGAAAUAAUAAAUGCUGAUUAUGCAUUUGUCAUCCACACUACUAAUCCCUCUUCCGGAGACUCAUCUGAGAUAUAUGCCGAGGUGGUGAAAGGCCUUGGAGAAACUCUGGUCGGAGCUUAUCCAGGUCGUGCUUUGAGUUUUAUGUGCAAGAAGAAUGAUCUGAACUCUUCUCAGGUGUUGGGUUACCCGAGCAAACCCAUUGGCCUUUUCAUAAGACGAUCUAUCAUCAAUGGAUCUGAUUCCAAUGGUGAAGAUCUAGAAGGUUAUGCUGGUGCAGGACUUUAUGAUAGUGUACCAAUGGAUGAAGAAGAAAGAGUUGUACUUGAUUACUCAUCUGACCCAUUGAUGACUGAUGCUAACUUUCGCCGAUCAAUCCUCUCCAACAUUGCUCAAGCUGGUAGUGCGAUCGAGGAGCUGUAUGGAACUCCUCAAGACAUUGAAGGUGUGGUCAGAGACGGGAAAAUCUAUGUUGUCCAGACAAGACCCCAGGUGUAAUACUGCUUCUUUCUCUUCUAGUUUUUUUCACAAGAGAAGGGUUAGGAAUAGAAGAAUAUAGGCUGUCCAUGCAAAGACUCCAAAUAGUAUCCUAAUUAUAUAAGUAUUUUCAUCAGGGAAAAGUUACCUAAAUAACAAAAUAUUGAGAAACAGAAUAAAAAAGAAACGAGUGGUAGAAGAGAAAGAAGUUAACUUGAAUAGCAACACGAGAGGUGAGCUAAAUAUGUAAAGACCUCUGUAUUGUGGUGUAUUUAUUAGCAUCAUCUUGUUUUGCCAAAGAAAAUGAAAUUCAAUUC